AUGACGACCAACUCACCCGACUUGUCAGCCUCGGCGCCGUCAAAGGAAGACCAAUACCGGCAACUUCGUCGCCCACCCUCUCAAAGUCGCCUCUCCUCGCUCAUGGUGCCCGGCAGAUCACGGAGCGGGUCUACAGCCUCACAGAAUAGCGUGAACGUGGAAGAUGGAGGUGCGACUGGGAGGAUAACACCUGAAGGACGGAGAAGAGCUGGGAAGGCUGCGACCACAUCGCUGCUAGCCAACGAUGCCAAGUACAAAAAGUUCAGAUAUCAGGUAGACAAGAGCCUGCAGUCGUUUGAGAGCAUCAACGAAUGGGCGGAUUUCAUAUCGUUCCUCUCGAGGCUUCUCAAGACUUUACAAUCCCAAUCUCCUCCCUACAAUGAAAUCCCCCGCAAAUUGAUUGUUGGCAAGAGGCUAGCUCAAUGUCUGAAUCCUGCUCUGCCAUCUGGAGUUCAUCAGCGCGCUCUUGAUGUCUACGCAUACAUUUUCAGCAUUAUUGGCGUCGAUGGAUUGGAACGGGAUCUCACAAUUUGGUCAUCUGGUCUCUUCCCAUUCUUCCAAUAUGCUGCGACAUCUGUUAGGCCGUUGCUCAUCAACAUAUACGAAACCUAUUAUCUUCCAUUGCAAGUGCAAUUACGGCCAGCGACGAAAGCAUUUAUACUUGCACUUCUCCCUGGGAUUGAAGAGGAAUCAGGCGACUUCUUUGAUAAGAUCCUUUUCCUUCUAGACAGGCUUUCAGGAGCUGUGACACCAACCUUCUUCCUCCAAAACACCUUCCUCAUCCUCAUAACAUCUUCGACAUCCAGGCUAUCGGCUCUCAAUUACCUUUCAAGACGGAUGUUGAAACCGCCUGAUCAUCCAGAGGCGACAGUCGAGACAGGUCUAUUGAUCAGAGGCUUUGCCGCAGUAUUGGGCGACGACAAUAUGCUGGUGCGGAGAAGCGGUCUGGAGCUUUUGUUGAGAGUCCUCAAGCUGGAUAGCGGAGUAUACAAGAGUGCCACCGACAAGGACAAGGAGCUCCUGAUGCGAGCAGUUACCGAUGUCGUUCUGCAGAAAGAGCUCUCGCUCAGUCGGCGCGUGUACACUUGGCUCCUCGGCCCAGGAGAUACCCCCACAGAUCAACUACGAUUCUUCAAGUCUCACGGACUAGACCUCCUCGCUUCCACUGUCCUCACCGACAUGCUAGAACUAGAGACUCAAAAGGAUCGCUCGGAUAACGAGAAUGGACCGGAUUUGCAGAGACCUUUCAAGGUGUUCCUCUCCCUGCUGGAUAAAUGGGAAGUGGGGGUUGCAUUGUCCCGAAAGGUGACCAUAAAUGCGUUGCGUAUCGUCAGGAGGGCGCAACUGGAGGGCACACCGGGCGCGUCUGACACUGCCAGUGCGCUGUACGAUGCUGUAGAGCCCACAGUGAUCUGGAAGGAUCUCAGCACGGCAGUCAUUGAUGAAGUUUCCGGAGGAGAAGCGCACGACCUGGAGCUGAUUCUAUGGCUUCUGCGUAAUGUACCUCAGACCGACGAAGAGGUGACCAACAUCCAUGUACCGAGUCUUCUACAAUGCCUCCUUGCAGAGGAUCGAAAGAAUGCCGCUCUGUCUCUGGCCGUUCAUUUGAUCGAGACUGUACCUACCACCAUCCUCACUCGCUCGAGCACUACCAUCGACUGGGCAUCGGACUCGCCCCCUGUCUCUCAGGUACUCUACUCUGAGGAUCGGCUGCCCGAGACCAUCGAGUCGCGAAUACAAGCAGAGACCUUGCCCUCCAUUAUUGACGACGCGUUUGCUAUCAACAUGUCGACUAUCGACGCCACAGACACCACCUUCUUACUGAACUCGAUAAGACUAGUAUCUGCACUCAUCGAGAGCGAGACGCCCUCAUUGGCUCUGGUAGACGGGUCGAGCUGGCUGAGCGCAGUGGUUCGCGGUCUGAACAAGGUCAGCACGUUUGUAGUGGUUGAAUCACUGGUAUGUGUAGCUUUGAAAGCUAGCAGGUGUGCCUUCAUACAACCACCGUUGGACUUGACAUCAGAAACAAAUAUGUUUGCCUUCCUGGACUCGCUUUUCCGAUACCUUCGGCCAUCCGCAUCGCUAUACCACUCAAGGGCUGUCGAGCUGUUAUGGGAUUUCAACCAGCUGGCAGAGAUACACACACUGGAGAAUGUGAUCGCGAGAAGGAUGGCGCAAAGACCGUUCAACAGCUCUGCGUUCGAGGCCUUUGGUGUUUUCUGGCGGCUUACAGACGAUUCCAUGCUCCCCGGAGAGAUCUUUAAUGUGCCGAUAUGUGCCGUCCUCGACAGUCUCAACAGCUCCGACCCCAAUAUCCAACGCCACGCCGAAACUUGGUUGCGCUUGAACCUUCGCUCCUAUCUCAGAGUCGUUGAUCCCAUCAUGAGCCGUUUGAUAGACCCUGUCAUCAAGUACAACUCUUCAAAAGGUGUAUACGACGGCCCAGUCGACCUGGGUAGGAUCACAUACUACAUUGAAGCUAUCGCAACUCUCUUCCAGUUUGGCGGUCAGGGGCUCAGCAAGACGUUUGCGGCUCAAGAGUUUGGAUCCUCGCUCCAUUCCACAUUUGUCCAUCGAGCCGAGGGACAGUUUCCAGAGAUCAAAACGUAUCUAGAGCUGUUGGUGAUGAUCUUGAUCAGAUUCCUAGAGACCGAGGAAGAUUCCAGAAGGGGGAACACUCAACCGCUUGUGGUUCGCCUCCAGGGUGCGGCCCUCUCGCUACUCCAAACGGUGGUAUCGCGCGGCGAUGUGCCUUACCCUCUAUUGAACGACCUCAAGGCCAAGCUGGUCGAGAAUCUGAUAUCUGCUGUGCAAAAAGGUCAUCUGACACUCCAGAGCAAGAUGCUGCAUCUUUUGCAUUCAGCUAUCCACGCUUCAGCCCCACGACGCGAUCAUCCUUCGCGUGUCGCGAGUCACACACACCGGCGCGCUGCCUCUUCCAUCUUUGAGAAGCCUCCUCCUCUCGAGAUAUCCCCUAGCGAAUUCGAGUACCAGCUCGUGGUCAUGAUCAUGCGCGGAGUCGUCACGCCUUCCAACAUCCCGGUCCUACAGCACUGGGUCGAUUUUGUUCUCAUGACGGUGCCCACGCUGGCCAGUCGGCCUGCAUUACUCCACACACUAGUCGAGUGCUUUAGUCAGGAGACACGAGAGCUGGUCCAGCGUAUGAGGGAUGCGCAUGAGAAGGCAUCGGGACAUAGAGACGAAGUCAUACAUGACGAGACUCUGAGUGUGACGGACGCAGAAGUCGUCAUGACACUGAACGCGCUGGAACGGGUGCUCACCCUUCUCGGCAACCAGGCUCUGGGGAGAGCAGACGAGACACCAAAUCCCCAAACCGAGAGCGGCAGCAGAAUUUUGGGCCUGGUAUCGAAUGUCUUUACUGUCGAGGCACCUUCUAUCGACCCCAAGGCGGAAUCUCCACGAUACCUGGACGACGCUAUACAUGCUCUUUUGGUCACAUGGUCGGCCACUCUGCCACCACAAACCUCGGAUGCCCUCAACUACGCACCUUAUGAGGUGAUACAUUCCAGGGCAAAGCGGGUGCUGGAAAAAGCUUUUACGGCCCAACCGCUGGCAGUGAUGUCGAGUUGUGUCCAUGUGUGGUCUUUGUGCUCUGAACAGGUAUCGGACACGGCCAUUUUCGACUGUAUCGAUGCCCUGACCCCCAGCGCGCAAAAGGUGCUGGAGCUGACAUGUGAGCUGGCUUCUGGCAAGACUGGGCGAAUGAUCCCGGACUACAGGGUCGACCCGUCAUAUCUAGCGUUCUUGGAGGCCUAUGUCUCUCGAUUGGAGGCUCCAAUUGCCGUGCAAAUAUGGUCGACUUUGUUUAGCUUUGCUCGAGAUGUUGCUGGGGGCGUCACUUCAAGCUCGUCUCGGGCACAGCUCUAUCCCACUUUACAGUGUUUGACCAACGUGUGUCUGACCAUCUCAAAAACGACAGCUUUGGAAGACCGCCGGCUGCGGCGUGAUGUGCAGGACAUUUAUGUCAAGCUUCUCGACCUGGUAGUGUCGAACGUUUCAAAGAUUGCAGAAGGCGGUAUAUGGGACAGAACGACAAUGGCGAAGGAGGAUAGCGAGGAGGACACGAACGUGGAGAAGGGUCUCGAGCAGAUCUUUGACUAUCUAUCUUCAACCAUCAUACCUAAUCUGCGAGCACUCUUAGUGGAGGCUGAUAGAGUCAAUUCUGCCUGCAGCGGUAUAGCGGUCAGCAUCAUCGCCCCCGCUUUCCGACAGCAAAAAGUCGAUGUCCCCAUCUUACGCCUCGUUCUUCAACUAUCCCACAUCCCCUCAGCGACCAAAACCUGGCGUUCUUACAUCUCCGAUUCCUUUGGUGACUCUCGCCUUUUCAAGACGAAGCCUCCAAUCGAAGUGGCAUACUGGAAAGCGCUCGUUCUUGCCCUUUUCGAUGCAGACAAGGAACGCUUCCCCGACCUGCUAUCCCGCAUCACCUCGGCAUCUUCAGCCAACAUCAACAUAUUCACGAAUAGAGAACAAGAGAUGCUGGUCAAGUGCGGCAAUCUGCGGAGACUGAGUUUGUUGUUGCUGUCGGCUGAACGUAAUCACUAUCUUGGGCAACUACCGGGUAUCCAAGAGCGUCUGGUAGAGAUGUUGAGGUCGAGCAGUUUAUCUGCAAGAGUACACUCUGAUGUCUAUCUUUGUCUGAGAAUACUCAUGUGCAGAAUCAGCCCGCAACAUCUUGCCAACUUUUGGCCCGUCAUCCUCGCUGAACUGUUGCGUAUAUUUGAACAAACACUGGACGAGCCUCCCGAGAACAACUCGGAGGACCUGCAGCUGGUACUUGCAGCGUGUAAAUUCCUCGACUUGCUCCUCGUCAUUCACCACCAAUGGAUGUUUGUCACUGAUACCACCGACGCCGCCUACCCCCCAGAAGAAUUCGUCCCCGAAUCCAUCAUGGACCGCCUCGCCGACGUCCUCUCCGAACUCGACAAUAAACCCUCACCCAACCUGUCGCAAGAAGAACUGGUCCCCCUGGCAUCUCCCACCACCCAAGGUCCUGCUCCUCUCCGACGCCCCCGUCUUUCUGGGGUCAAGACUAUGACGAGCUUGCACCAGCUUCAGCCGUUCUUGGCGCGGGCGAGUAUGGACACGUUUGAAAGUGUGUAUGGCGAUUAUGGGGUGGAUUGGGAUGGGAUCGAGGAGAGUCUGACGGGGGAGAUUUUUGAUGCUUGA